UUCUUCUAAUCUAAUGCCAAGUAGGAUUGCCAGUUGUCACAUAUAUGUAGGGAUCGUUUAAUUAGUUUCCAUGUUUAAUUAAUAGCCUUAGUUUGAAGAAUCCAAUCCAUCAAGAAAAAUUUAAACCCUCACAAAACCAAGAUGAUGACCAAAAGAACUUUCAUCCUUUUUUAUUUUCACGACUCUACCCGUCACCUCUUUUCGUCAUAUAUAAAUACAAGCACAAAUUCUUUGUCUUUCUCCCUCCCUAGUGCUCUGAACUUUCUUUCUUCUAAAAGAAAGAUUAAUACUCAAAGAUGCCAGCAGGGUCAUAUACAAGUAGCCAUGAUGAUAAUUCCUUCGAGGUGUUUCUAGGAGGUUGGUUAAUUAGGCAAGAACAAUUACUAAAUGAACUUGUUCUAGCACAAGACACUUUUGAUGAGGAAUCUCAAGAAGGUGAUAUAAGAGACCUCAUUUCUAGAGUUCUAGCUCAUUAUGAAGAAUACUAUGAAGAAAAAUCAAGAAUGACUCAGAGAAAUGUUUUUCGAGUCUUUUCACCUACUUGGUUCUCUCCACUCGAAAGGAGCUUCCUAUGGAUAACUGGAUUCAAUCCCGGCUUAGCUUUCUCUCUGGUAACUGAUUCUGUAGACGAUUUGAGUGAAAAUCAAGUUCAGAGGAUCAACUGGCUGAGACACGAGACGAAGGUUCAAGAAAGAUCCCUGACGGAAGAGCUGGCGAAAAUUCAAGAGAGCGUGGCUGCACCACCGGUGGUGGACCUAGCACAACGAGUAGGAAUGCAACUUAUAUAUGCUGACGAUAUAAACGUAGAUAUGGAAGAGGUAGAUGGGAACCUAGACACACUGAAGACAGCCCUGGAGAAUGUGGUGACUGAUGCUGAUAGGCUGAGGACAAGAACAGCUGAGAGAGUUGUGGGAUUGCUUAGGCCUUUGCAAAGUUUGAAGUUUUUCAGUGCUGCAGCUCAGCUUCAAUUGAGGGUUAGGAUGAUGGGAAUGCAAAGAGAAGCUGAUAGGCAGGAAAAUGAUAAUAAUAAUAAUAAUGAUGCUUCAAAUGGAUGGUAAAUUCAUGGAUUUUGUGACUUUUGGGCACUGGUUAGCAAGUUUAUUUUUAGCAAGUUUAAUUUAUUUGCUUUUUUGAUCAAGGAUACUCGAACUCUUCAAAAAUGUAUGAGUGUGUUGUUGGGUGCAUGUUGAAAUUUCUAGAAUUAUUUAUUUUUGGAAGAUUCGACACUAAUUCGAUAAC